CUCCGCGGUAUAGUCUUCGAUGCUUGCCGCAACGCGGCGCUAGUUGUCUGACUCUCGCACAUUGUCCGACUUCGGCGAAGGCAACCUACGGUUCUGCAUCUCAACGAAACAGAGCAGUCGCCUGCAAGACCGACCCGCUACUGAGAGCUAGCUAUACUCCACCUCCAACAGUAUGGGUUACAAAACGGGGCUACAAGCGACGGCCGUAGUGGCCCUCAUUCUCAGCCUUCUAGGAGCCAUCCGUGCGGCGACUACAGACGAGCCGCGCAUCCAGCCCUUGGCUUUCCCGCCGAGCGUCAGCCUCGGUCAGGAAGUGAGCGUCACCUGCGUCGCCGCGCUGGGAAAGAAGCCCUUCCGCUUCGCCUGGAAGCAGGACGGCGAGGUCCUCGAGAACACGAAGAGGAAGCACUCUCGAGCCGUGGUCGACAACGUGGUCAUGAUGACCAUCGAGCGGGUGACCGCCGAAGACGUCGGCAACUACACCUGCACCGUCAACAACGGGUUCGGCAGCGACAGCACCACGGCGGCAUUGAUAGUGGAAGGUAGGCGCAUUUGUUUCCAAGUGAAGUUAUGGGGUUUUACGUGCCGACACCACGAUCUGAUUAUGAGGCACGCCGUAGAAUUUAAUGGGAGGUAG